CGUCCCUGCAUCGCCCCGAUGUGGGCAAGCGUCAUUCAUCAUGGGGGGCGUUAUGUCGUCAAAGCUUCCACCAGUGGGAGACAAAGAUUUGAGGACGGUCCUUUCGUACAACCUCAACGAGAGCCACAUCAGAUCUGUGUACAAACUUUUUACAGAGAUUGACGUGGACUCCAAUGGAGUUUGGACCGUGAGCGAGAUGUACAGAGUCCUCAAGGAGCCCAGACUCUCAGUUCGAGCUCCCGUCAUCGACACCAUUUUUUUCAUGGGUGACAGCAAUAGUGAAGGCAGCAUGACCUUUCAGGAUUUUCUGGUCACGAUGAGUUCCUUCUGUGCGCUCUCCAAAGAAGAGAUGCUGCAAUUUCUCUUCAUGAUCAUCGACAUUGACCGAAACGGUACCAUUGAGAAGGAAGAGCUCUUGAAUUUCUUCUCGUACAUUCCGGCCGGAGCCGACGAUGGUCGGGGCGAGCCUGUUUUCCCUGUGAACAACAAAAAUGCCCUCGACAAGUUCCGUGGCGGGAAAUGGCGAAGUCUACAAUUUGAUGGACUUGCCCAGCUCUGCGAACUCUUUCCGUAUAUUGCCUAUCCUGCUUAUCACACACAGGACAUGUACCGCAAGAUUCUUCUGGGAAAGGGCUUUUGGGAACGCUUGGACUACGAGCGGAUCAAGUAUCAGACAGUCGUCAGGACAAAGCGUGUCAAGAUGCCUUUUACCAAGAAGAAGAUCGAGGUGAAGCUGCCUGGCCGUUGCACCAUGCAAGAGCUCUUGGAGUACUCGCGGCGGAACACUGCAGUGCAGGGCGGCAAGCGAGUCACAUCUCAAGAUGCUGGCGAGGCAGAAUCCACCUUGGCCAAGGAGCGUGAUUUGCAAAUCCAACGAAGCCCCAUUCUGAACAUGAUCCGGAAUCCCAGAUGCAUGUACUACAUCCCGCAGGAGGGUGGCAAAAAUAUCCAGAAGCAGAAGGGGCAUCGCUCUGAGUUGGAUGUUGGUGAGCAAGACAUGGAGAGUGAUGGAGAAGGUGAUAUGGAUGUCUCACCUGAUGACACGGGAGGAGGCGUGAUCACGGGUGCACCCAACAACGCAGAGCACAUGUUGCAGAUUGUCACGGCGAUGCAACAGAAGCAGAAAGAGAAGAUGAUGGCAGCGAUUGAAGAUGAAUCCUCAGAUGAUGAGGAAGAACAGCUUGCCCUGGGCAAAGGCGGUUCAGCAUCCAGCGACGACUUGGCUCUCUCGGACACGGGGGUGAAUGGAUUGGUGCUGACAUAUGCUGACGGCCAGCAGCCAACGGUAACCAACGGUAACCAUCGGUAACCAACAUUUGAAUCACUUAACGGCCAGCAGUCUGCGCAGGACGCCUCUUCGUGAAAGCACGUGAAUCCUGGAAAUCCUGGAGCGAAUUGUCCUUGAGAAUUUGGCAACAUUUGGCAACA